CAUUCUAACAAAUUACGAUAAGGUGUGUUACAAGAUAAGAUUGUUGAUGUAAUAUCAGUGUUAUCUUUCCCGUGUGGGAUUGGUGGGGUAGCCGGUACGUGCUCUGGACUAACACAGUGAGAUACCACUAGUCGUGAGGUGUAUAGCAAACCUACCAUCUCUUGUCUACUGCAUUCUCACACCCAUCCACACACACUUCAACACGCGGUGUGUGGACCUCCCUGCCAACAAAAACUGAGCCACGGGUAUCGUCAGUGGCCGCUGUGGUAAUUGGUAUCAAUAAGAUGUCUAGGCACGGUAACCAUCAGCACGCUGGAGCAGCCGCCCUCUCCACCAGCCAGGAUCUCUUCCAUACAGUGAUCAUGGAGUACCUUGAAGGUGGUCCCCUGACUAACGUGGUCACAGAAACCUGCAUGCAAGAAGGACAUAUCGCUGCUCUUUGCAGGGAGGUGUUACAGGCGCUGCAGUUUCUACACGAGAGGAAUAUUAUCCACAGAGACAUUAAAUCGGACAAUGUUCUACUAGGAAUGAACGGUGAAAUAAAAAUAACCGACUUCGGGUUCUGUGCGCAGCUGUCGCAGGAGAGGACUCAGAGAACGACUAUGGUGGGGACGCCCUACUGGAUGGCACCAGAGCUGGUCAGUCAGAAACAAUACGGACCAAAGAUUGAUAUCUGGUCACUCGGUAUCAUGGCGAUAGAAAUGCUUGACGGAGAGCCGCCAUAUAUGAAGGAGGACCCGGUGAGAGCACUCUACCUGAUCACUACUAACGGAAAACCAGAGAUCAAGCAGAGGGAGAGACUCUCGCUGUUUUUUAAGGACUUCCUUGACAAGUGUCUUGAGGUGGACGUGGUAAAGAGACCUUCAGCCACUCAGCUUCUUAAGGUAGGAUACACCAGUACUGACAGUCAAGUCGAUCAACAGGUUUUCUGUCGUCACCUCAUGCAACCAGUUCCGGGAAUGAUUUACACAAACUUUGAGCAGAUGGCGCCUACAUUUUUCAACCAACCUGUACGUACCUGUUCACCAGUGUGAAAAUUUUGAAGUAGAUCGGAUAAGGCGUUUUGUAGUGAUAAACGAAAAUCUUGGAGGAAAUUAGUGGGAGUCAAUAACUGGCGUCAACGAUACUUCGGUUUUGGCAUAGCGUCGUGCAUUAUUUAAGCAUUCACUAAACUAGUAAAAAUUUGUCAUAAAAAUGUGAGUUUUCCAUAUUUUUCAGUUAUAUUUAUAAUUCGCUUCAAUCCUAAAAGAAAAAUAUAACUUCCUUUCAAUAAUGUCCAUAAAGACAAUGGAGUUAAAGCCUAUCAGGAAAGAUAUUCUCUGAUAAUUGUUCUGAAUUAACGAUUUCAGUUUUUUAAUCAAUUAAAACUUCAAAUCCACACCUACACAGUUUAAGGUAUUAUAAUUCUCAUGGAAUCAUCACUAUUAACAUUUUGAAGGUGACAAGACGAGGCCAUAAUAAUGCAAACUUUACUUACUGGAAAACACACCAGAGCUGAAAUUUUGAAGUCAAUCAGAAGUCACUUUCCAGUUAUUGCAUAAAUUCCAACGAUUCCAAGUUUUAGACAAUAACUUAAUAUAUUGACAAAUUUGGCCACACACAAUGCGUAAUCUUGACCGUGAGAUGCAUCAGCUACGAAAUACAAUACUGAAGACAUCCAGAAGGGACAGACUCAAAUAUAUUUAAUAUGAUUUAAUGUGAAUAAAAAUUUCACACUAUUUUGCACUUAAAAUUGGCAGAUGUGUAUGUAGCUACCUAGACACUAAUUUCACUGACCAUAGUCACAGGGCUCCUGAACAUGCCAACUGUCCUCAGACUUGCCCUGGUUACCAGACACCAGCACUGAAAAUUUGAAGCUGAUUCAGUGACGCUUUCUCGUGUUAUGAGUGAAAUAAAAACAAACUGAAGGGGUUGUCCUAGAUAAGAUUCUUUAGGGGGGAUAAAGGAGGUUUUGUGUGUGAGGGGCUUGUGCAUCCAACAGGAGUGCGCAAGAGUUAAGACAGGAGUGGAGGCGAG